AUGACCGUGCAGGUGGACCGAUGCUUGUUCGUGCAGGUGGAUCGAUGCUUGUUCAUGCAGCAAAUGAUGGAGCAAAUUCUCAAGAAGAAGAACAAAGAAAGCAUGGAGAGUACGAGGAAAAAGGGAAAGCAGAAAGCGGAUGAUGCGUCAAAUGAGCGAGGAUUGACGAGGAAAGAACGGGAAAAUCGAGGAAUUGGCGGUGGAGGAGGAUUCGAUGAUUUGGCGUUGUCGAACGCGAUUGACGCCGUCACGAAGUACAUCGAAGCAGAAACACAGCCGAAUAUCAGAAAGUUUUCGGUGGCGUAUCGAGAGAUCGCGAAAACGAAAAGGGAAUAUCAUGUUCGUUUGGGUUUU